AUGAAGGAUACGUCCCAGCAAGUUGACGACUUAAUCGCCAACUCGAAUCAUAUCUCAAAAUGGGUCGAGGAACAACCAAGUGAAGACCAGGCAAGUUGGGCUCAAUCAAUCUUUGCAAAACUUCUUGAAGGUGCUUCUCAGCCCAGAGGAGCUUCAGGCAACUCGUGUGUAAAACUCUGCGGUUUUGUUGAACAAUCGUCAAAGUCGCACUCUCAGGCUCUUAGACUUUGGGCGUAUUCUAGAGAUGUCACUAUCAAGCUCUUCAACUUUUACGUUGAGUGGAAUGAGUCGGAUAAUCAUCGUUCUAUGAAGCUGGUUCUCGAUUUGCUUCCCCAGCUCAUCAGGAGAAACCCAGAUGAACAAGCUGGCCAAGCGACCAAAGCAGCAAUCUUGAAUAACCUGGUAUCAAUCGUCACAGGAAAGUCAUCUAAGCCUUUGGCCAAGUCUGCUAUCAAGGCGCUGGAUCACCUCGUUACCAAGGAUAUUGUUACCCUAGAUGAGAUACGGUCCAGCUUCGCCACCCUUCAACAGAAGAACUCCUCGACCGAUCCUCUCGAUCUGUGGAAGUUGUUCAUCUUUGAACUGUUCCAUUGGAUGACACUUCAUUUUGUGUGUCCCACGGCCGGACGAUUCAUUGUCUGUUUAUAUCGCGGUCUACGAGGUCAAGACCAACAAGAAACACAAAUCCAGCUAAGCAUCGAGACAUGGCACAAGUGGCUACUUGAGGCCGUCAAUGAGGAACCUUCUAUCCUUGAGUCUGUGAAGAACUAUAUUUUCCUGCCCCUUUUCAAGGCCGACAAGGCAGAAGCCCUGGGUUUCCUGAAGCGAAUGAACGAACAUGAAGCAGUUUCCGCAGGUGAUGAGAUAGAUCUCAACCUCCCAGCUCUGCUGCAACUUGCAGCUCUUGAGAUUGGCAAGAAGGUUGGAUUGGUGGAAGAGCCUGCACUCGGCGACGACAAGUCCGCAGAUAGUGACUCCUCAAUCGUCCUCGAUGAAAAAGUGCUGGAAAGUGUUCUGGCUCACCCAUCCCAUGAAGUCCGAUCACUGGCUCUGUCACUUCUGAUGAGCUCGCCAUCAACAACAAGGCCGUACUCAUCUACAGCUCUAGCUCUGCUACGCAAGCAUCUGGCAACGUACUUUGCCGACUCAGACGCCAAGUUCCGAAACGAAGUGGCUGGCAAGGUACGGGAUAUGUUUAAGAGAGUUCGUGGUGCUAUAUUCGUGCUCAAAAAGAGCAUCCCAAGAGCAGCUGCGCGGAAGCAAAAAGAACAGCCAGGGCAUGCACAAGAGCCCCAACAUAUUCUGUAUCGAACCAACCUGAUUUCGCUUCCGGAGGCUCAGCUGACCCACUGCCUGGAAUACCAUGAAAAGUUUCUUUUUUGGUACAUCGACUUCUUGUGCAGCGAGCUAACACCCACUGCGUCUUAUCAACGGCACAGCGCUUCGCUCAAGGCGGUGACUUUCAUCCUUCGAAUGGAGGGAGAGAAGUCAAAGACAUGGGAGACUCCGGAUGAUCAGACGCUGUUCUUUGACCAGUUUGGUGCAUCAUGGCUACGAGCACUGUCCGACCUGAUCAUGGACCCCUUCGACGAUAUUCGAAGCCAUGCAGCUACAGUGCUGAAGUGGAUCUUCUCGGACAGCCGUUACAAGAAUUUCCAUCUCAUGGCCCAACAGGGCAGUAUGGACCCUGCCGAAGAGCUCGCUGAGUUGUUGAAGCGAUCUGAAGACCUUGCUCGUAAGACUGCUCGAGCUGAUCAUUCAGACGGCGUUGCCAGAGUAUCACAACUACUGUAUCGAUUCUCCGGGGAAGAACAGCAACGAGUUGCCCUUCUAUCAAAGCUUAUUGGUGGUCUCGAAGAAAGACUGGCUGUGGCCGAGAAAGACCUUGGCAGAGCAGUGCUGGAUGCACCGCUUCAUGGAGAUUUUGCAUCUCUUUGCUACAUGUGGCAGGUAGUUUCAGAGCUUCAGUUUUCCGAAAGUGAGUUGCAAUCUGUACAGACUCUUCAGGAUACUCUCGUUUCUUGCUGCGAGCGGGUUUGGGCAGCGGUUCGUGACAUUCUCUGCGAUGACUCGCCCGAGGGUCACCUUCCCCAGGAGCUGGAGGAAGUCGAUGGGCUCGACACAAAGGAUGUGCUCAGUUACAGCUUCAGAUCGGUCCACGAAGCCAGCAACCUUAUGAGAAUCUUGAUUCUCUCUAUCAAGCAGCGAACUCGUCCAGGCAGAAUCUGCCCUUCGAGAGAGGCAUAUGAGAGAAUAGGGAACCUGUCCUUCACGCAACUUGCCAGCCUUCGACAUCGAGGUGCCUUUACUACCGUCGCCCUAACCUUUUCAACAUGCUGCCAGCUAGUUAAGCAUCUGGACCAGGGCCCAGAUGGCGACGCAAGUGGCACAACUCUGCUCGAGCAAUGGUACUCGGGCACAUUAGAAGCGAUCAAUGCCCAAGUAUCAACUACUCGACGGUCUGCUGGUAUCCCUGCCAUGAUGACCGGUGUUUUAUCUGCCAACGCCGCCAAUCCCUCUUUUGAGCAAGUCAUGACAGAGCUUAUGAAGAUCGCUAGCCAAGAAGCCCGCGUUACCGAGACAGAUGGUUCGAACCUACCUCAAGUUCACGCCUACAAUUGCUUGAAGGAGAUCUUCAAGAGCUCCUACUUGACAUCCAUAGGAAACAAGUCUGAGAAAUUCCUCCCGCAAUGUCUCGAGCUGGCAGCGAACGGCCUCAAGUCUGAGCUUUGGGCAAUUCGGAAUUGUGGUUUGAUUCUUCUUCGCAGUCUCAUUGAUUGCCUUUUCGGUUCUCACCAAAGCAAGGCUACCAUGGAGGCAGGUUGGGAUGGAAAGGCCAACCGCAUUGCUUACCACCGAUACUCCUCUCUUCCCACAACUCUACUUCACCUCCUCAAGUCGGGUCACCAGAUGAUGGCCUCUAUUGCUGCAAGCUCAGCAGCGGCAGAGUCAGUGUUCCCAGCCCUUGAUAUCAUUCGAAGAGCAGGUCCACCUGAGGUCCUUCGUGAUGAGCUUCAGAUUCAUAUUGCCAAGUAUUUGGCCAGUCCUGUGUGGCACGUUCGAGAGAUUGCCGCUCGGACGCUUUGUUCAUGUCUCCUUCAUGCCCAGUGGCUUGAUUCUAUCACUAGUUUGGCCGCAGAAUCUGUUCGUUCUCAGAUUGGAAAUGUCCAGAACCAUGUUCAUGGUGUCCUCCUGGCACUUAAGUAUACUAUAGACCGACUGAGCGAGGUUAUGCCCGAACAACUCCAACAGGAUACACCUAAACUAUCUGGAUUCCUGAUUGAGUAUUGGCGUGAAAUUCAAAUUCUUGACUCCCCAGAAAUUCCCGCCGCCUAUCUCGAAGUCGUGAACUUGGUACGAGCUCUGCCUAGACCAGGUGCCGUCGAACGUCUCCAUUUCGAGUUCCCAGCCUUCAACAAGAGGGAGGGCGCUCUACUCAGGGCGCAGCGUGUGAUACACGAGGUGCACUCCAUUGCCGAGGGCAGUGGUCAGAUCGAUGACCUCAACGCCUUACUUCUCAGCAAGACUAUGGGUGUCAACACAAUUGUCGCCGGUCUUGAGACGAUUCCCAAGCUUUGGAAUGUUUCUCGCCUGUCAGAGCAAGAGGUCAACCAGUUCUGCAACCUCUACCGUGACGUUUGCCUCAAAAUCGGACCUGCAGAACCUCGAGUUAUUGCUUUACAAAACCUUACCGACAUCCUGGAUCAAGUUAUUAAGUGUAAGAAUUUUGGUCUUGUAUCGGCAGACUUGCUGUCAGAGAUCUGGAACAGCUUGCCCUUGAGUCUCCUUAACCCAGCACUGGCAAACUCCAUCAUCAGAAUUAGCGGCUCCAUCACAGCCAUCCUGAGCAAAACAAAGGCUGUAUCCGGUGAAGGCAUCAAGAACUGGGGCCAUAUGGUCGCCGACUCUGGUUUGGACGACAAGGAUUUCGAUACUCGUCUUGCUACCGUUGAGUCGCUCUGUUCUUUCUUUAACACUGUAGAAAGAGAUGAGUCUUGGGCUGGCGAAGAACAUGUUUCGGCCAUCCUUGCCCUAUACGACUCACUUAAUGACGACGACGACGAUAUUCGCGACACUGGUUCUGCGGCUGUCAAGAGCAUCCUGGGACAAGCUCUCGUCCCUAUUGAAGCUGCCAAUCGUCUUCUCUCAUGGCUUACCAAACAUUACUGCAACAACCAGACAUUCCGCCAGAUAGUCGUGCGUCGAAUCAUGGGUGAUUCCAGAUACCCAAGCCCUGAGCUGAACGUUAUCUCUGUCAAGGAUCAACUACAAGAGGCGAUGAAGUUUGAUGACUCUCUUUUCGUAAUCGAAGAACAGAACCUCUUCGUUGACGAGGUCAGAGAGACACAGAGAUGGAUCUCUGUCUACGAAAGCCUUGAAUGGGAGCCGAACGACCCUGCUCUCGAGGCAUUAACGACUUGGACAAGCGCGGGAUUAGAAGCAAUGCACAGUCUGGUAAGCCAAGAAGAUGGUCCUCUCGGAUAUGGAUCCAAGCCAGAGGUCUUUGCCAUCUUGUCGCGGGUUAUCCGUACAUCUGCCGCCUUGACAAGGCAUCAUCCCGAUAACGAGCUUCGUGAGAGCAUCGACAAGUCAACCGGAGCUCUACACCUUGGGAAUGGGCACAUAUCAGGUCUCUUGUUGCAGCCUGUCGAGAAGACGACACAAGGAUAA